AUAAAUACCACAUGACUACAUUUGACGCAAAAUCUGCGUCAAGCGUCAGCAUGAAAUUCUACCUUAUUAUUAUUUUCCAGCUAUCAUUCAACGAGUGCAACUUGCCAAUGGCACCGUGCGUUCGGUCUUGGAAUGGCCAGCUCGUAUUUUAGCAAUGUGGACGAAUAUGGAUUCGAAAGGCCUCAAAACUUUGACUACCAAACCUACGAGGAAUUCAUGUCAGAAUAUUUGAAGGUACUGGCUAAACGAGCUCAAAGAUGGGCUAGAAUAAUAGCUGCAGGAAAAUCUUUGCAACGAAGUAUCACUAUCAAACGAUAUGUGCGGAAGGGCAUUCCAGGAGUUUAUCGGGGCGCGGUGUGGAUGACUGUGAGCGGAGCUGAAGAAUUAAGAACCGCAUCUCCUGAAUUGUAUCAGAUAUUGCUGGAUGGACAACACAGGCGUGACGUAGCAGAGAUUAUAAAGACUGAUCUUCCUCGUACAUUUCCUGAUAACAUUUUUUAUAACAAUACCGAAAACCAACAGCAUCAAUUAUACAAUGUUUUGCUAGCAUUUGCACAUCAGAAUCAAACAGUCGGAUAUUGUCAAGGUCUCAAUUACAUAGCGGGAUUACUUUUGUUAGUCACAAAGAGUGAAGAAACUGCAUUUUGGUUGCUCAAAAUAUUGAUAGAAAAAACUUUACCAGAGUAUUAUACGCCUACCAUGGAUGGUCUCCUCACAGAUAUUGAAGUUUUAUCAGAACUAGUAAGGAUAAAAAUGCCAGAUGUACAUCAACACGUGACAAAUUUGGGAUUACCAUGGGCGGUAAUAACAACUAAGUGGUUUAUCUGUUUGUUUGCAGAGGUUCUGCCUAUUGAGACAACGUUGAGAAUAUGGGAUUGUCUAUUUUACGAAGGUAGCAAAAUAAUAUUUCGAGUUGCACUGACACUCAUUAAAAGAAAUCGAGAGAAUUUAUUAUCCUGUAGAGAUUUUACUGCAUUAGCCGAAUGUUUCAAGGAAAUUACCAGGGAUAGCAUCGUCGUUCAAUGUCACGAAUUUAUGCAGAGUAUUUUUAAAGUACCCGGAUCGCUGCCUGCAAGCACUAUAGCAAAAUUACGAACAAAGGCGAUACAGCAGCGAGCGGAAGAGAAUCAAACCAAAACAGUGCGGUAGUAUCAAUCCAGCAAAUCAUAAUACGGCUUUCAUUCUAGUCAGAAUGGUACCAGAGCAUGGACUUUAUCAAUCCUACUUUCAUCGUGAUCCCAAUUUAAUGACUGCUAUUCAUUUUUUACAUUAAUGUGUGCCGUAUGUGUUUCAUCUAUAGCUGUACCAGGAUUUAGCAAAGCUGUCGUCGUACGCUGAAAUCCCCACCCCUGAUUAUUCAAUCGUCACUCUAUUUUCUAUGCGUAAUUAUUUAUCUUUACAAUACACAUGAAACAUGUUUUACACAAAUAUGUAUAGACGAUAUAAUUUUUAUUUCAUCUAUAUGUAUACAUUCAUGCAUAGACUCCUAUGCAUGUGCUAUUGACUUUUCAAACUAAUCUACUUAUUUUUAUUCAAUUGGUUUUACGAUGAAUUUUUCAAACAAAUCAAGUCCCUCGAUAUCGUUAUACAGUUGUGUAAAAAAAAUAUAUAUUACACCACGCAGCGCCUCAUAAAUUUAGUAUUUUAACCCUAAUGAUUAUGUAAUUAUACGUAGCAAUAUUUUUAUUCGUCUUUAUUAGAUUUAUAGAAUCUAUUUAUUGCUCAAUUUAGCGACAAUGCAGGUUCCGACUGAUGAAGCGAUCCCAUUAAAGGUAUAUACGGAUUAUUGUCAUGAUUUUGAGUUUUUGUGGAUCUGGAGCUUUGAAUUUCAUAAAUUCUACCCAUUUAGGUAUUUUAAGUAAUGAUAUUCUCUUUUUCGUCCAUGGUGGAUUUCGAAUUACGAAAUACUCGCAGUCGAAAUCAGUGUGUAAUUAUUUUGUCAUAAAAAAAACAACUGAUCCGCUUUUCAUUCAGAAUUUGCUAAGAAACUUGGAAAGACAGCGAAACGUGUAUUGGAAAAAAAGCAUUAUAACACUACUAUAAUUUGUGUGAUUGUAUUUAUUUUCGUAAAAAUUUGCAUGUCGUUCUAAUUGUAAAUUAUAAGGAUGGACAGGUGCUAAUUGCUCCCUCUGUGUGUAUAUCUUUUCGAUUUCUGUUACAUAUAGACAAAUCCAAUCAGUGUAAAUACAUUUAUUGAUUAUUUAUCUGUUAGUAUGAUGAGUUAUUUGAAUAUGAAUUAUGUAUCGUAUAAAAGUAUAAAAUGAAUGAGCUAAUGAUUGAA